CUUCAGGAUGGCCACCUAUCUGGACCGGCUCAAGGCCGGCUACCACCGCUUCAUGGACAUCCGCAAAACGGGCGACCUGUUCGGCCACUACAUCUGGACCCACGGAAACACCGCCGGAAUCGGGCUGCACGAUCCGGCACAACGCGUCAAGCGGAUCGCGUUCCAGUGCCUAACCUGCGUGUUCGCCCUGCAGCAGUACAUUCUGGUCCGCGAUGUUGUCCGGGCCAUACGAGCCGAUGACGACGAUCUGGCGAUCCGAAUCGGGAUGUUUGUGAUCUACAGUGCCCUGUCGCUGCUGCAGAUGAUCAGCUUGGACCGGAAUUACGGCUUGUUUCUGCAGGUCAGGGAGUACUUCAACUCUCGACUGCGUCGACAUUGUGGCGGUUCGCAAGCAGAAGCAAUCAGGGGGGACCUGUUUCGGCAGUCUCGGCGGAACAUUCUGGUGGCGGAGAUUCCGGUGGUGGCAAUGUCCCUGGCGUGGGCGAUCUGGGCCCGGGAGGAGUACUUUCAUUUGGUGCUGGACGUUGGAGAGGACUACCAGUGGAUCGUUGACUUUGUUGAUCAGUUCUACGGGCUGCCGCUGGUGUUCUGGAACAAUUCCAUGUGGAUCAUAUCGUUGACCAUGCUGUCGUUACUUCAGAACGCAGUCCACGAGUUGACUGUGAUUGCACGAUCCUUUGCAGCAACUUUCGACGAAGCAAUGGUCGAAUCUAACGAGGGUCAACUACCCGACCACUUCUGGAGAGCCUUCGAUGCCAGCUUCAAAGCAUCCCUCGCCGAAUACGAGCAGUUCCUGGCGAUGAUCGCAACUCUGCGUGCGCUAAUGUCAACCUUCUUUCUCCUCAAAGUGCUCACCGUUGAAAGCCUGCUCGCGGUCACCUGCUUCAUGACCUUCAAGGUGACCUUCCAGCUGAUCACGGCCUCUUCCUACGCGAUCGUGUUUACCGUGGAGUGUUACAUCUUUUGCAACCUGGUGGAGCAGCUGAACGACCAGCGGGAAGCGAUCGUCGAGUGUUGCCAGCACUGGCGGUGGCCGUUCCCGGCGGAGAAGCCGGCCCGACUGCGUCACGUGCGAACCAUGGUGCUGAUCACGGAAGCCCACUGUCAGCAGCCGGUUCGCUUUCGUUGCGGCGAAAUGUUGGACGUGUCGAUGGAGAUGUUCCGCAUGGUGCUGGACACUUGCUACACGCUGAUUACGUUCCUGCAGGCCACCAAGCCGGCGCAGUAGGGCGGGAACACGGCAUUGCACCGUCGCUUGAUGUGAUAUCAAGAUAGCACACACAUUAGGGUGACAAGAAAAAAUGAAAAUUUUGGAAAAUCGUAAGAGAUACCCCAGGCUUAAGGGUCGCUUUUUAUCGUUGAAAUUUGUAUGGGAAAAAUCCAUAAAAUGUAUGGGGAAAUGCAAAUAUUUCAAAACUCCGUCAAACGAUGGCGUUAAACGCGUCAAACCAUUGUCAAGUGUUAGAUUCAUCUGUAAAACUUUAUGACAAACAAGUUUGUCCAAGACCGCAAAACGAUCCCAGUUAACUCUGACAAUUUAAAGAAUUUUGCAUGAUUUUUUUUCACCAGCUUCAUAUGCACCAUGUUUAAAUUGUUUAGUCAAUGUAGAAACAACGAUUGCUUUCAUUUGAUCGAAAAAGUUUUUCACAUAGCACUUGGAAUUCCAAACAUCACAUAUUUCUUUAAUACAAAUUAAAUCAUAUUUUAG